CCUUCAUUUUUAUACCAAAAGUAGAGUAUGGCGAGCUGCGUCGAACGGCGCAAGGACGACGGUUCUAGCUUAUACACUUUUUGAAGAAAGCUCAAAUUACUGUGUCAAAAUUGUCACAGCGUCACGCUUGGACAAGCCGUACAAAUGUUUCUCUAUUGACGUUCCUAUUCUAUAAUUGUUAGCACAUAAGAUGGAUUUAUAUAGCUGUAUUUUCUUCAAUCUUUGUUGAUACGUACAUUGUAAAUGUAACAUCAGCGUAAUCCUCUUACAGUGUGUAUAUUUUCUUUGAUAAUGAGUCGGUGACUAGGUAUGCACCAGUUUCAGUUAAAACUGCAGAACAGUUAAAAGCUGUUUUAGUUAGAACUGGUAAAGACUGUUACAGUUAAAAAUUCUUGAGAGAAGCAACCACAGUUCGAACAUUUGGAGUGCGUAUAAGUGUCGAGAGAUAUCGUUUACAGUGAGUAUGUGAUUUUCGUCUUUAGAGAAUAUUGAAGAGAUUGAAAUAUUGUUUUUAAAUCUUAAGAUAUGAAAACAAUAUUUCAAUCUCUUCAAUAUUCUUUAAAGGCAUAAAUUUUAAAUUUUAAAUAAAUAGUUAAUUUGUGCUGUAUAAUAAAUAAAACUCUCUUCAUCAAUAGGUUUUGAAAUUGAAAUAUUUACAAGUUUUUAAUUAAGUAUUUACUUUCUGCAGCAUUCACAACAGGAAAGAGAACACGUGAGACAACGUUCUCUUUUUUCUUUCUCAUUCCAGUACGUCAAGUGUAUGGCGAUGCUUGCAUCUGCAUACCUUGUGCGAGAAGAGACACCCCCUGUUUUUGCUCGAUGCUUAAUGUUAUUUUCCGUCCUGACAGAUAUACUUCGAGUACUAUUGGAGAAUUAGCAAAUAAGGGGAUAUCUCUUUUCGCACAUGCAUAUCUUUCUGUUCUCUUUCUUUUUUAUCGGCGCAAUGAGACGAAAAAAUGUCCGCACAUGAGACAUGCAAUGUAAAAAGAGAUGUCGUCUUAUUUGCUGGAUUUCUAUUGUAUUGGAUAGUAUAUGGUAGAUAGUAUAUGAGCUGUAGAAAUUUGAUACACUGAUGACCUAAUAAAAACGUUGGACUAUCCUAGCAUUUUAUAAAAGCAAGAAUCAUAUGAUGUACUAGGUGAAUAAAGGCUUUUCACCAGUAUAUUUAGCUCGAUGCAACACCAUUGUGUGUAUUAUGUAAUAAGUACAGAUGCUGUAUUUGUACUUUUUCAGUGUGAAAAAAUCGACUGUCGUGUUUUCUAUUUGCGUUUUUCAUCUGUUCUAGAAGAAAAUUAGAAUUCCAAUAUCGAUAACAUUUAGAUCUAUAUACAGACAAAGUAUUAUAAAUGAAAAAAUGGGAAAUUGAUUUUCUUGGUUAUUUAGGCGGUGCAUUAUUAGCAAUAUGUUUAUUGCCACAGUUAUAUCGUACAUAUAAAACACGUUCUGCAGAAGAUUUUAGUUAUAUAUGGAAUUUAUUAUAUAUGGCUGGAAUGAUAAUAACAAUGAUAUAUUUAAUCGAAGUUAAAGCUCUUGCUGGUUGGAUUUCUUUAGUAUGUGAAUUUGCAAUGGCUUUGGCAUUAUUUAUAAUGAAAGCAUAUUUGCAGUUUCAUACAAAAAAAAGUGAGAAACAAAAUAUACCUUCCGUUUCAGUUAUAUCGGAUGGCGAUAUUAAACUUGUCAAAGUUAUACCUAAUCACCCACUAAAAAACGAAACAUUUAAAUUAUACAAAGAAACUGAAAUUAUACUUUAG